UUUUUUUCUCUCUCUCUCUCUCUUACAAAUUUUUCUUCUUUUUAUUCUAUAUAUAUAUUUUUCUUUUUUUAUUGUAUAUAAUAUAAUUUUUUAUAUAACUAAAAGAAAUGACUUUCCUUGCAACUCUUAAUCGUAUGGCUCCCAGCGCUAUUAAGCAUGCUGCUACUAUCUCUACUAAACCUACUACUAUUGCUAUUCUUUCACAAAAACGUUUCAACUCCACUUCUUCUGGGACUGAGAUGACUGUUCGUGAAGCUUUAAAUCAAGCGUUAGAAGAAGAGAUGAUUAAAGAUGAUAAAGUAUAUAUUAUUGGUGAAGAAGUUGCUCAAUAUAAUGGUGCUUAUAAGGUUACUAAAGGCUUGCUCGAUAAAUUUGGACCUAAAAGAGUGAUUGAUACCCCUAUUACUGAGAUGGGCUUUGCUGGUCUUGCUGUUGGUUCUGCCUUCAGUGGAUUAAAACCCGUUUGUGAAUUCAUGACAUUCAACUUUGCUAUGCAGGCUAUUGAUCAAAUUGUUAAUUCUGCAGCCAAGACACAUUAUAUGUCUGGUGGUAUUGUUAAAUGUCCUAUUGUUUUCCGUGGACCUAAUGGUGCUGCCGCUGGUGUAGGUGCCCAACAUUCUCAAGAUUUUUCAGCCUGGUAUGGCUCUGUCCCUGGUCUUAAGGUUGUUUCUCCUUGGAAUUCAGAAGAUGCUAAGGGUCUCUUGAAGGCUGCUAUUCGUGACCCUAACCCAGUUGUUGUUCUUGAAAAUGAACUUCAAUAUGGCAUUUCUUAUCCAAUGUCUUCAGAAGCACUCUCAAAUGACUAUGUCUUGCCUAUUGGUAAAGCCAAGAUUGAACGUGAGGGUAAGGAUAUUACCAUUGUCUCUCACUCUCGUCCUGUUGGUUUUGCCCUUAAGGCUGCUGACCUCUUAGCUAAAAACGGUAUCUCUGCUGAAGUUAUCAACUUAAGAUCUAUCAAGCCUUUGGAUACUGAGACAAUCUUCAAAUCUAUUAAGAAGACAAAUCACAUUAUUACUGUUGAAAAUGCAUGGGCUGCUUUUGGUUUUGGAUCUGAAAUUGCUGCUCAAAUUAUGGAAAGUGACGCAUUCUGGUACUUGGAUUCACCCAUGAGUCGUGUAACCGGUGCUGAUGUUCCUACUCCUUAUGCUGCUAAUCUUGAAGCUCUUGCCUUCCCUGAUGAGCAUGUUAUUGCUAAAGCUGCUAGAGAUAAUUUGGAUAAAAAGAUUGGUUUCUAAAUCAAGAAAAGUGUAAAUUUAAAAAAAAAGAAAAAUGAAAAAAAAUGAACAAACCUUUUUUUUUUUUUUUGAUUAACCCAAUUUGAUGCAUAUAUCUUUUGUGAACUAGUUUUACUUGUUUUUUAUUAUACUAUAUUAUAGAUUAAAUCCUACUUUUUUUUUAAGAUAAUGUACUAUAAUUUAUAUUAUAUCGUAGACAUUUUUAGACAUGCUGAAUUAACUUGUAACAUUAAACUAAGGAAAUGAUGAAUUUGAUCUGUAAUGUUUCGGUCAAAAAAAAAAAAAAAAAA